AUGAAUCAAUUACCUCUGAGAUCACAUCGAGCCGCCCAACUACAACGGACGGUGACAUGCCAGCUCUGUGAAUUCUCCUCAACCCAAGCGCGUCGCUCCUUUUCCGUCGGCCGAGGGGCAGCAGCAGCCGCCGCCGCCUCAAACCCCCGGAUUUUGACCAUCAGACGUCCUAUUGUAUCGCGCUCCUCUCGCCUGAGCCUGGCUCAACCACUCGCCUGCCAGACAGGUACACUGCGGUACAGGUCGCGUCAAGCGUCUUCGAAGAAUGCUCACCUUCUUGAGUCUGAAAAACAAGCGGUAGAGGGAUUGGAAACGGAGCACGUCGCGAAUGCGAAUGGACACAGCAAUGCGAGCCCUGCGAACUCACACCUUUCUCUUCGAGAAAUUACCUCCAUGAUCGAGGGCUGCGCGCAAAAGACAUCUGAGCUUCUCGCACGAUCCGAGGUCCCUGGUAAUGCGGAGGUGGAAGAGCUCCUCCUGAAAUACGAAGAAGCGGCUCGCGCAAUCGCCCCAUACUGGGACGUUCGCGACGAGAACGCCCCAAGCGGGGAAGGGAAAGGCAAUGCAGUCUCAUCGCUGCUGGAAAUGCAAGAACAUGAAGGGUCCGUGACACAUAUCCGCGACGCGGAGGAGAUUCUCCGCACACUCGCCGAUCAAGUCUCCACCUCCAUGACGCAAAUCAUCAAGGAUGAGAAGGUGUUCAUCUCCCCAAAGGCACUCGAGCAUUAUAUUCGAGCGCAGUGCACCCUGAACCGAGCCGAGUAUCUACCCGAAGUAUUCCAUCUCUACGCCAACAAACCCAUUCCCGAAGAGAAGAGCAAUCCGCCUAAACUCCACCAGGCGAACCCCAAGGACGUGAACAGCGCUGUUUCCGCAGACCUAGCCAACCAGGCCAUCGACGUCGCCAUCAAACAGAAGAAUCUGCCUCUGGUCCUUGCAAUGAUUGAUAACACAUUCUGCGCGCCUGCCUUCCAUCACGCAAAGGUCUUUCGGAGAGCUGCCGUUCCCUUGGUGGGACUCGCGGCGGCCCCGGCCGCAUGCUUCACGCUGGCCUCGUGGGCCUCGACGCUGCAGAAUACAAUGGACCCAAGUACAGCGACCGGGAUCGCCUUUGCCGCGUCGCUGGCUUAUGUUGCGGGUACUUCUUCGAUUGGAAUUCUGGCGAUCACGACGGCAAAUGAUCAGAUGAAGCGCGUGACGUGGCUGCCGGGCAUUCCGUUGAGGCAUCGCUGGUUACGAGAGGAGGAGCGUGCUGCCCUUGAUAAGGUUGCUUGUGCUUGGGGGUUCCGGGAUCCGUAUAUGCAUGGAGAGGAGACGGGCGAGGAAUGGGAGAGUCUGCGCGAGUUUAUUGGUAUGCGGGGCAUGAUUUUGGAUAAGACGGAGUUGAUGGAGGGUAUGCAAUGA